CCAGAUGAAAAUGUCAGAAGAUGAUACUAAUAUGGAAGAAUACCCCACUGAAAUCCAUGAUUAUCUUGCAGCAUUUGAAAAAUCUCUUGGUUCUGUAGAUGAGAUGCUGAAGACAAUGAUGUCAGUUUCCAGGAGUGAGCUUCUCCAAAAGUUAGAGCCUCUUGAGCAAGCAAAGCUGGAUUUGGUUUCAGUGUACACGUUAAAUUCAAUGUUCUGGGUGUACUUGGCUACUCAGGGAAUCAAUCCAAAGGAACAUCCAGUGAAACAAGAACUGGAGAGAAUAAGAACAUACAUGAACAAGGUCAAAGAGAUAGCAGACAAGAAAAAGGCAUCCAAACUUGAUAAAGGAGCUGCUUCUAGAUUUGUAAGAAAUGCACUCUGGGAACCAAAUGCUGAAAAUGAACAUGCCUCCAAAACUUCUGCAAAAGGAAAAAAGAGAAAGAUGGACUAAAUUUCUGUUUCCCCUUAGAUGAAUUAGAGACACCUAUAACUUAUUUCAAAAUUUGUUUUGCAUAAUGUAUGCAUCUUGCAGAGGUGCUAUAAAGCAACAUUUUGAUUUAGUUAUACUUAAGAAUUUAUAGGACUGUAUUUUGUCCAGAACACUUGUCACUGAGGUAAUCACAUUAUAUGUGUAUCUGAAAGUGCCAUUUGAUGUGAGCGAAGUAAUAUUUCAUUAGUCAAAUAAGAAUUAACUAAUAUACACUUGCUGGUAAUAGAUAUUAGUAAUGUUUUGCUCAUAAUGCCUAAGAAUU